GGAGGACAGGGGGGUGGGAGAGACCGAGGGAGAGUGUGCUCACAGCAGCUGUCGGCAUCCCUGUCUCAGGGACUUAUUUGCUGAUUCACAGAGGCAGCUUAGCUCAGGCCUCUCAGCUUCCAGCUAUCGCUUGCUUUUCCGACCUCACGGAAUCAGAAGGUAGGCCACAGAAAAAUCAUCUCCAAACCUCGCCCUUGAUGAGCUGGCAGAGGAGGAAUGAGUGAAGAAGGGAAGCUUCAGGGGUGCUGUGUGCUUAAUGCUCAAGAGUCAGUCUACUGCCUGUCCUCACCCUACAUGAGCCUUGGUUCUGAUGCAAUCUAUGGUCAUGCAGGGAUGCCCUUACACCCUCCCACGAUGUCAUGAGUGGCGAGCUGCUGACCGGUUUCAUCACAACAGCAGCCUCCGAAGCUCCUGUCCCCAGCCUCAGGUUAGAGCUGCUGUCACUAUCCCGGCACCUCCUUGGGAUGAUGCUGGGGACCCUUGCCAUAGUCCAAAGCUGUUGAACGGAUCUGUGGGUGCCAUUGGCUCCCUGGAACAAUCAGCCAUGAAUCUGUGUUGGAAUGAAAUAAAAAAGAAGUCUCACAACCUCCGGGCUCGCCUAGAAGCCUUUUCAGACCACAGUGGAAAGCUUCAGCUCCCACUCCAAGAGAUUAUUGACUGGCUCAGCCAAAAGGAUGAGGAAUUGUCAGCACAGCUGCCCCUGCAAGGAGAUGUGGCCCUGGUGCAACAGGAGAAGGAGACACAUGCGGCUUUUAUGGAGGAAGUUAAGUCUCGGGGCCCCUAUAUCUACUCUGUGCUUGAGUCAGCUCAGGACUUCCUGUCCCAGCAUCCAUUUGAAGAAUUGGAGGAGCCUCACUCUGAAAGCAAAGAUACCUCCCCCAGACAGCGAAUCCAGAAUCUCAGCCGCUUUGUGUGGAAGCAGGCAACAGUGGCCAGUGAACUGUGGGAGAAGUUGACAGCCCAUUGUGUGGACCAGCACCGCCACAUUGAACGGACUCUGGAACAGCUGUUGGAGAUCCAAGGGGCCAUGGAAGAAUUGAACACUACUCUGUCCCAAGCUGAAGGAGUCCGAGCCACUUGGGAACCCAUUGGAGAUCUGUUCAUUGAUUCACUCCCAGAACAUAUCCAGGCUGUCAAGUUAUUCAAAGACGAAUUCUCUCCUGUGAAGGAUGGAGUAAAAUUGGUUAAUGAUCUGGCCCACCAACUUGCCAUUUCUGAUGUGCACUUGUCAAUGGAGAAUUCGCGGGCUUUGGAGAAGAUCAACAUCCGGUGGAAACAACUCCAGGUGUCAGUUGGUGAGAGGCUUAAGCAGCUUCAGGAUGCCCAUCGGGACUUUGGGCCUGGAUCACAGCACUUCCUCUCCUCCUCUGUCCAAGUUCCCUGGGAAAGAGCAAUUUCACCCAAUAAAGUUCCCUACUACAUCAACCACCAGGCUCAAACUACAUGCUGGGACCAUCCCAAGAUGACUGAAUUAUACCAAACCCUAGCUGAUCUGAACAACAUCAAGUUCUCAGCUUAUCGCACUGCCAUGAAGCUCCGCAGAGUCCAGAAGGCCCUGCGCUUGGAUCUGGUAACUUUAACUACAGCCCUAGAGAUCUUCAAUGAGCAUGAUCUCCAGGCCAGUGAGCACGUGAUGGAUGUGGUAGAGGUCAUUCACUGCCUGACUGCCUUAUAUGAACGGCUGGAGGAGGAAAGAGGCAUCCUGGUCAAUGUGCCACUAUGUGUAGACAUGAGCCUCAACUGGCUCCUCAAUGUUUUUGAUAGUGGUCGCAGUGGAAAGAUGCGGGCACUAUCCUUUAAGACUGGCAUUGCAUGCCUGUGUGGCACAGAAGUGAAGGAAAAACUUCAGUAUCUCUUCAGCCAAGUAGCCAACUCGGGAAGCCAGUGUGACCAACGCCACCUUGGUGUCCUACUUCAUGAAGCCAUUCAGGUGCCCCGUCAGCUGGGUGAAGUGGCAGCAUUUGGGGGCAGCAAUGUAGAGCCAAGUGUCCGUAGUUGCUUUCGUUUUAGUACUGGGAAGCCAGUCAUUGAAGCUUCCCAGUUCCUGGAGUGGGUUAACUUAGAGCCUCAGUCCAUGGUGUGGCUGGCUGUUCUGCAUCGGGUCACCAUUGCCGAGCAAGUAAAGCAUCAGACGAAAUGCUCUAUCUGUAGGCAGUGCCCCAUCAAGGGGUUCAGGUACCGGAGUCUGAAACAAUUUAAUGUGGAUAUCUGCCAGACCUGCUUCUUGACAGGCAGAGCCAGCAAAGGCAACAAACUGCAUUACCCCAUCAUGGAGUAUUACACGCCGACCACAUCCAGUGAGAACAUGAGGGACUUUGCCACAACCUUAAAGAACAAAUUCCGCUCAAAGCAUUAUUUCAGCAAGCACCCUCAGCGAGGUUAUCUUCCUGUGCAAUCAGUAUUAGAGGCCGACUGCAGUGAGACGCCAGCUUCUUCCCCGAUGUUGCCACAUGCUGACACACAUUCUCGCAUUGAGCAUUUUGCCAGCAGGCUUGCUGAGAUGGAGAGUCAGAAUUGUUCCUUCUUUAAUGACAGCCUAUCCCCAGAUGACAGCAUAGACGAGGACCAGUACCUGUUGCGUCAUUCCAGCCCAAUCACAGACCGAGAGCCAGCCUUUGGACAGCAGGCUCCAUGCAAUGUGGCAACAGAAAGCAAGGGAGAGCUAGAGAAGAUCUUGGCCCACUUAGAAGAUGAGAAUCGGAUUCUCCAGGGAGAGUUGAGGCGCCUGAAGUGGCAGCACGAGGAGGCGACCGAGGCACCCACCCUGGCUGAAGGUUCCACUGAGGCAGCACAGGAACACCGCAAUGAAGAGCUUCUGGCUGAAGCCAGGAUCCUCCGGCAGCACAAGAGUCGCCUGGAGACACGCAUGCAGAUCCUUGAAGACCACAACAAACAACUAGAGUCACAGCUACAGCGCCUAAGGGAGCUACUCCUACAACCACCUACUACUGAAUCAGAUGGCAAUGGCUCUGCGGGUUCAUCCCUAGCUUCUUCUCCACAGCAGUCAGAAGGCAGCCACCCUCGGGAGAAGGGACAGACUACUCCGGACACUGAGGUGGCAGAUGAUGUGGGGUCAAAGAGCCAAGAUGUCAGCCUGUGCUUGGAAGACAUCAUGGAGAAGCUCCGCCAUGCUUUCCCCAGUGUGAGAAGCUCUGAUGUGACUGCUAACACCCUGAUGGCUUCUUGAUGGAGCCAGAUCCCCAUCCUGUGGUCCAUAUUCCUCUCCUGGUUCUGGUCAAUGCUUUCCCUCAGCCUUCACCCAUCUUUCCAGUUCCCACGGGUCCAAUAUUCCUCAACUACUUAUAUGGGCUUAGAGCAGCAGCAGAGACUGGGUAGUAUGUGUUGUGUGGUGAGGGAGGGCAGGGGAAGGAGAGGCAUGAAUCCUUUGACUCUUGAAAUGUGCCCUUUAAUCCUCAAGGUUGAGAUCUGUCCUUUGUGUUACUUUGCUAUUAUAGCCCAGGCAAAUAGCACUAAAUUGAGAGCAGAGAAUUGCCUUCAGAGCUAAGCAGUGCCCACUGGCCCCUUUCUUUUCUCCAUGGAAUUAUGGAAUGGGAAAAACCCAGUGGCCCCAGGGUAUUUGCAUUAUGAGUUCACAGGGAUUAGUUCUACUCUUCCCCAGGUAAGGGAGGUGAAAGGGUAACCUAAGAUCACCCCCCUUCCCAAGUAUCCCAAAAGAAGUUUGGGCAGGGUGUGUUCUAUUCAACUCCAUGGCAUAGCUCUAGCCUUCCAAAUUCUACCUAUAUUUCCUCCUCGAAUAUUUUCAGUUCCUUCUGCCAUAGUUGCUCAUAGAUCAUCCUUGAAGGAGGAACAGUUCAUUUUGACUCUUACUCCAUUUUACAUAUGGAAACAUUAAAGAAAUACUUGUGGGUUUGUAUUUUGUCCCUGAUUCUCUUCCCUGAAGGCCUCAGCAUUCUAACAGACCCACUAAAAUAGUCUAGAAACCUAGCUACAGCCAUUUUGGUAUUCUGAGUCUAUCCUAAUAGACCAUAGGUAGCUUUUCCAGCAAUGGGAUCCUGUUCUCUCUCCUUGAGUAAAGAAAGGGAAACAGCCCUCUAUCUUAGAGGAGUAUGACUGCCUGACACCCUCCAGGCUGAGACACUUCUGAAUCAGGUGAGGUGGCUGAUUGCCUCCAGCUAAUCAUAGGCCACCCUGAAAAGUGACCCAUUCUUAAGAGACACUAACUCCAAAUCAGAAAGCAGGCUGCAUUUGACUCAGACAGUAGCAAGGCCUUCUUGUGUAUAAAGCUGUUUCUAACUAAAAGGUGAACCCAAUCCUCAAAUGGAGCUAACUCUUCCUAGGCAAAAUAUACCAUACCCUUUUGUCCAGCAAUUGUUAAAAAUAGAGAGUGGAGGUAGGAAGAGUGGGAACUUGGAACAGAGUCAGAGUCUAUUUGGGAUGCUUUCUACCAAGAGGAACUUUUUUUUUUUUCCCAGAGCCUUGCAGUUGACUUAAUUUGCCUGAGUUUAUUUUCACACAUACCUGUUCUACAUAUCUACUGUGCAUCAGUGCCCUCCCAGCCUCACUCACACAUUAAAUUCUAAUACCUCAUGAAGAAUUUAUGUUCUGCCUUGCUCUUUGUUAGACUCAACCUCUGGUUGGAAAGACAGGUGCAUCCUGACUGAUCCCCAACACUGAUGUUUAGGAUGAACUCCCCUAAAGACCAAAGCAAUAUGUGUCUGUGACCAUAAAGUAAUCUAAUAGGAACAGUCAUUAUGUUCUCUCCAGUAGUUGCAAACUUUGUACCAUUGAGACCUGGGCCUUGGAUGAAAUUUCCUGGCCACCUCUAAGAUGAUUCAGGUAUCACAAUAAGGCACAUCCAAGGUCUACUCAUGCCAUGCAGAAAGGGAGGAACAAAAGACAUGUAUUAGCUAUUACAAGGCUAAAACAGAUGUGUUCGCUAGUCUUUACCAAUUACUAAGAUCUGGUUCCAGAUCUUAAAGUAGUGAUUUCCACCAAGAUCAGGAGGGACUGAGACAGUUAGGGUAUUGUGUUAUGGCCAAGCAGGUUAGUAGGUAUAAAUUCUGGGAGCCUAACUUCUUCUAUUUCAGAGAGGCAGAGCAGGAACUUGGGUCCAGAAGCCAAGACUGUCUCUUCUUCAAGUAAGCCACAGGUUCAAGGUUCAGACUCAUAUUUCAUCUGUCUCAAUACUGGUGAGGUAUCUGGACAGGAAAACUGGGUAUCUGCAUGCAUGAUUAACAGGUGAUAAGCAGACACCAAACACAGAGCCCGGGCAUCAGUCAGAAUGGAGCAUCUUUGUAGAAGCCUAGAUUGUAGGCAGGAUUCAGAGAGAAGAAAUUUGUUUGGGGACAAGAUAGUUUGAAAUUUUUAGUUAUAUGCUGGCCUAAGCCUUCCAGGGGAAAAUAUUAUGGAACAAUCAAUCAUUUAUGAAGGAAAUUCUUUCUGUAAUCCACAUCCCACCCAAGAGGUCUUGGGGUGUUGAGAUCUGUGGCAACUGCACUGGGCCAGGCAUGGUAGAAAAGAUGUAGAUCUUGUUAUGUAGGAUUUGUGCUGUAGGUGGACUGAAGCAGCAUGUCAGGGGGUGAAUUCUCACCAAGGGACUCACUGGCACUUUGCUCUUGUGUUUACCUGUAAAUCCUGAGGUUAGUAUGUUGCUCCAGGGUCCAGUGGUAGUCACUGAUACAUGUGAGGUAAAUGGCUCCUUGAAUACUGGGAAUCCACUUUGGGGUUGGAUUCACCAAAAUGUGUCUGUUUUGGGGUAUGUGUUAUGUCUUCAGGAGUGUUGUGUAAUGUAUGGCCCUGUACUGGAAGGUGGUGAAACAGUUGCUGGGUUGAUAGCCUAAGCAAAACCUAAUGACUCACGGGAUUAGCAUAAGUAAUAAAGAAUGUGUUUGCUGGAGCUGUUGCCAAGUAGUAUAGGGAAUUUAUUCUUGAUAGAAUUGGAUAGGUAACAAAAAGCCAGCUAGAUAGAGCAGAGUAAAUUCAUACCAAUUGGCAAUUGUGAGGGAAAGCUGACUAGCCAAAGGGCAUGAGGCUCUGAUACAGUUCCCUAGAGGGUUUUUGCACACAGGGGGAACAUGUACCCUUUCUUCCAGAAUGCAAGGCUGGAAUCAUGACACUCAAGUGCCUGUUUCCUUCAAGGCUUAGAGCUGGGCAAUUCUUCCCUAUAGAGACCUGUUUGAGUUAUUGGUAUUCCAAGAACUGGACUGGCAGGAUGUAAGAAAACAUGGGGUAAGGCAGAGCCCAAGCCUGGGAGAUCCUUUCCCACCAGAUUAAUUUUAACAAAUACCUUUGCUUCCUGAGAUAUGUGCUUAAAAUGGUUUGGCUUUCAUGCCCAGCUUCAGGCUGGAUCAUUCUUUAGACUCACUUUUCUCUGGGCCCACUUCUGGUCAGGAAUUCCAUCCAAUUUCUCUUGAUAGAUAAACCACAAAGUAGCUGCCUCAACUUGAACAGUCCUAGAGAAGAACCUGUAGGCAUUGCUCUAGGCAGUGGAAUCAGCUGUCUAGUCCUGUAUCUGGGCCUUCCUGCCAAAACCUGGCACUGGGAACAAAGAAAUACUUCAGAGACUCCUCAUUGCUUUCACAUUAAUGACUGUGGGAGAGGGGAAGGCUCAAGGCCAGGGCUCUGCCCCCAGUGUCCAUCUACUCCUACAGCUGCAUAUUUGGAAGGAGAUCUGCUCAACACCCUUGCUGUUCUCAGGGCAGUAUUGAAGACAGAUUGAAGCUCACUAUGAUGCUUGCUGCUUGUAAGAACUAGUCACAAGAAUGAGAGUUAGGGAAGGGAUUUGGGGGAGGUGUCAAUAGUGGAAUCCAAGUUUGGAAGAGUUGUGGAUUAAGGGGAGCAAAUAUAACUCUG